AUGGCCGCCAUUGCCAAGUGCGCCGUGCCUUCCUUCACCGGCCUGAGGAAGAACCAGACCUCCCAGGCUUCCACCAAAGCCUCCUCACAGCAGACUGUGAAGGCGAAAGCCUUCGCUGUCCGCGCGGUUGCGGAGCCGGCCGCUAAGAAGCUGACGAUCGAGGAGGCCGAAGCGCGCGUGGUCGCGGGGAAUCCCCCCCCUGCUCCUCCCGCCAAGCGUCGCCCAGCAGCUCCCAAGGGGACGCCUAUCGUCGAGCCGCUGAAUCUCAUCUCGAGGCCUCGUCGCAACCGCCGGUCUCCGAUCCUGAGGGAGGCAUUCCAGGAAACCUUCGUCACUCCCGCCAACUUCAUCCUUCCCCUCUUCAUCCACGAAGGCGUGGACGCCUCUCCCAUUGGCUCCAUGCCGGGGUGCUACCGUCUCGGCUGGAACACCGGGCUUAUCGAGGAGGUGUACAAGGCGCGUGACGUGGGAGUCAACCAAGUCGUGCUCUUCCCGAAAGUCCCCGACGCUCUCAAGACCCCCACGGCGGACGAGGCGUACAACCCAGACGGCAUUGUUAUGCGUAGCAUCCGCCUGCUCAAGGACAAGUUCCCGGACCUGAUCAUCUACACUGACGUGGCACUGGACCCGUACAACUCGGACGGCCACGAUGGCAUCGUGAGGGAGGAUGGAGUGAUCAUGAACGACGAGACUGUGCACCAGCUGUGCCUGCAGGCCGUGGCUCAGGCGCGUGCGGGAGCCGAUGUGGUGAGCCCGAGUGACAUGAUGGAUGGCCGAGUGGGCGCCAUCCGCGCUGCUCUGGACGAGGAGGGCUUUAACGAGGUCUCCAUCAUGUCUUACACCGCCAAGUACGCGAGUGCCUUCUAUGGCCCAUUCAGGGAAGCACUCGACUCCAACCCCCGCUUUGGUGACAAGAAGACGUACCAGAUGAAUCCUGGGAAUUACCGCGAGGCACUCAUUGAAACCCACGCUGAUGAGAGUGAAGGCUCUGAUAUCCUCAUGGUCAAGCCAGCCAUGCCUUACCUGGAUGUGAUCCGCCUCCUCCGCGACAACACAGCGCUGCCCAUCUCAGCCUACCAGGUGUCUGGCGAGUAUGCCAUGAUCAAGGCUGCAGCAGCCAAUGGGUGGCUGGACGAGAAGAAGGCGGUUCUUGAGUCUCUCCUGUGCAUCAAGCGAGCUGGUGCUGACGUCAUCCUGACGUAUUUUGCCGUCCAGGCUGCGCAGUACCUGGCUGGGGAGAGAAAAUAG